AUGAAGAAAUACUCGGUCCUGGGCAACAAGAAGAAAGUGACCAUGGAGACGAACACCAGCCGAUUGAAGGUAGUCGGAAACAAUUGCAUAGUCCGUGUCACAACCAAUCAGGGUGACAUCGAGGUGAUCGGGAACGACUGCCGCGUGGAGGUGUCUGACAACUACGGGGUCAUCAACCUGGUAGGCGGCAAUGGGCUGGUGACGAUAAACAAGCGAUGGAGGGGCGACAAGGUGCAGCUGGUGGGGCCCAACUGCCAUGUCAUGGUCGACGGGAAGGACAGGACGGCGCCAUCCUACGAGGCGCAGCUGUCGCCGUUCAGCAAAGACCUGGAUGACGUCAUCGAAUCGAUCUUCACCUUCGUCAUGCGC